AUGUCUAGGAACAAGAAGAGACCAGCAAAGCUGGCGGCACAAAGACAUGCUGAAAUAGAUUAUGUUGGCUGCUGCUUCACCCUGCGGGGUCCCAGUGCAGUGCGUGGCUACAAGGGAGGCUCGUUGACCGUGCAGUGUCAUUACAACUCCGGAUGGGAGACCUACGUCAAGUGGUGGUGUCGAGGCACUGUCUGGAGUAGCUGCAAAUUCGUUGUUAGAACCACGGGAUCAGAGCAGGAGGUGAAGAAGGACCAUGUGUCCAUCAAGGACAAUCAGAAAAACCGAAUAUUCACCGUGACCAUGGAGCAGCUCAGGGAAGAUGAUGCAGAUGUUUACUGGUGUGGGAUUGAGAAAAGUGGACCUGACCUUGGAGUCCAGGUUAGAGUGUCAGUUGACCCAGCACCAGUUACAUCAAAACUAACUCAUAGCUCCCCCUCAAGUGGGUCUCUUCCUGUUGCUUCCAGACAGGAGACCGUGGUGCUCAAGCUCAUCCUCCCCAUUAUCUUUGCCGUGUUUCUGCUUCUCUUGGUGGCGGCCUCGCUCCUGGCUUGGAGGAUGAUGAAGCAGCAGAAGAAAGCUGCUGGCCCAGCCUCAGAGCAGGUGUUGCAGCCUCUGGAGGGUGACAUUUGCUACGCAAACCUGACCUUACAUGACACCGGCACAGGCCCUACCCCAGUGUCCUCCAGGAAAAAGGCAUCUGCCAGGUCUGUCUCCUGUGCCCAGGCUGACCAGGCGGACGUGGAGUAUGUGACCAUGGGUCCUGUUCUGAAGGAGGAAGUUUCCUAUGCCUCUCUGUCUUUGGGCACCUCGGAGCAGGAGCUGACCUACUGCAACGUGGGCCGCCUCAUGGCUCGCGUCCCCCGGGGGAGCGAGGGAGAAGCCACAGAGUACAGCACCAUCAGGAAGCCUUAG